AUGCAAAAACGAAGAAAUGCGGCCAAGAAACAGCUGCGGAUCGCGUAAGUUAUGGAAAAGGUAGCUAAAAUCUUUAAAUAAUUUCAGGCUUGUCUCUGAUUUCUUUUGCCCGAACACAGGAGGUGUGGAAACACAUUUGUACCAUCUUGGAGGAUGUUUGUUGAAAAAAGGACAUCAUGUUAUAGUACUGACUCACGUUUACGGUGAUCGAAAAGGCAUUAUUUACCUUUCCAAUGGUCUCAAAGUACGUGUUAACUCAUUUUUUGUUUUGUUUUUAGGGAUAUCAACGGUGGUUUUGGUUUAUAACCAAAAAUUAAUAUUACCCUUGAUGAUCCUUGACGUUUUUCGUCUCAAAUAUAUUUUUAGGUAUAUCACAUUCCUUUCUUCCCUCCAAAAUCAAUGUACAUAUUGCCCUCAGUGUGGGGAUCUUGUUAUUUUUACCGGGAAAUCCUCAAAUUGGAACGUAUCGAUAUUAUCCAUGGUCAUUCCGCAUUUUCCCCGAUGGCUCAUGAAGCGAUGUUGCAUGGCUGGUGUAUGGGGUUGAACACCGUCUUCACUGAUCACUCUUUGUUUGGAUUCUCAGAUAUCUCGGCUAUUCUCAUCAAUCGAUUGCUUUUACGAUACUCACUGCCUAAUAUUGACCGGUCGAUCUGUGUUUCCCGAAUUUGGUAAGUGAUUUUGAUUUUUUAUUGGAAUUUAGGGUGCCUACAUGAAGACUGUAUGUUUGUUGAGCUAAUAGGGAAUGUUUCAGCAAGGAAAACAUCGUCCUGCGAGGUGGUUUGGAUCGAGAUAAAGUGUCAGUUAUACCUAAUGCAAUUGACGCCUCUCGAUUCCUACCGGCGGAUCGUCCCAAAGCGGGCCCUCUUACAAUAAUCAUCGUCUCUCGACUAGUCUAUAGGAAAGGAGCUGAUCUUCUAGUUAAGGUAUGGCAAGCGGAGACGUCAAUAUUUAUAUUAUCCAUGAUAUAAAAUCAUUUAUUUUUUAGGUAAUCCCUCGAAUAUGCCAACUGCACCCAGAUAUUCGAAUAAUAAUUGGUGGAGACGGUCCAAAAAGAGUAGACCUAGAAGAGAUGAGAGAAAUCUACAGUCUGGAAGACCGAGUGGAAAUGAGAGGAAUGCUCCCUCACAAUAAAGUCCGAGAUGUCCUCAUUGAAGGCGAUAUCUUCCUGAACUGCAGUCUCACUGAAGCCUUUUGUGUUGCUAUCGUCGAGGCAGCCAGCUGCGGACUUCACGUUGUCUCAACAGCUGUUGGUAAGCAAUUUAGACUUAUAUUGUACUAGAUCUUUAGGUGGAGUCCCAGAAGUCUUACCGCCGGAAUACAUAACGUUGGCCAAGCCUGAUAUUGACGACAUAGUCCAAGCUUUAUCAUCAGCGAUUGAAAAGAAGAAACGAAAUGAAUUCCUGGAUAGACACACAUUACACAAGCAGAUCAAACAGAUGUAUAGAUGGGAAGAUGUAGCCAAAAGAACGGAGAAAGUGUAUACUCAGACAAUAUCAGAGGAUAAAGUGAGGAUUGGAGAGAGGCUUAAAAGGUAAGAAGUAGUUUUUUUAGAUUCCACUAGACAAAAUUAAUGACUUAUGAAAAAUGGAAGGUGUAAUGAGCAAAUUUAAGGUACUUUAGACACGAUUCGGUAUUUGGAAUGGUCUGGCUGUUCGUUGUAACAAUAAAUAUUCUCAUCUGUCGAUUUCUUGAUCUCAUGGAUAACCUCAAAGUAAGUCCCAAAUUAGAUCUAAAUAAUAUAUAGAACUUGAUACAAUCGAAAUACUCGUAUUUUAGACCACAAAUCGCAAGAAGAAGAAACGGAAAUGA